AUGGAAAAUUUGGGAAUAAAAACGAAUCAACAGGACUUACAUGAAAUGAUCCAGGAAGUGGACGAGGAUGGUAAGACACUACUAAAUCAAAUAUUAGGGGCACCCAACAUGAUUUUCGGAAAAUAUCGGUUCGGAAGACGAUUUGGGAUCUAGAAUUUUCGGAACAUUUUUUGUAAAAUUUCUUGCUUGCCUGCCCCUCCUAGGAUUUUCGAACAUCUAAAAAAGUGGUAUUACUGCCCAUUUUUAACGGAUUUUUACCCUUAAAAGGUCACCUAGAAUUUUUCGGUAGCCUUUUCUUUGGUUGAAAUUUUCGAAGAGGUACGUUUUGAUCCCUAUAAUUUUUGGAUCACUAGACUUUCAGCUAGGAAAUCCGAACAGAUGAAAAUUUUCAGGGCAUAAAAAUAUGCCUAUAUGUACCGUUUAAAUACUAAAAUACAAUGCUAUUGUGUUUAAGUGGUUUUAAACGAUAAUGCGUCGUUGGGUGCCCCUGGUUCAGAUUGUAGGAAGGCGGUUAAUAUUUUAAAUUUCCCUCCCAUUUGAUCAUAAGAUAAUCACAUCAAAUGUUUGUCAAUUUACCUUUUGACUCGGAUAUCGUUUACUUUGCAAAGAAAAGCCCUGAGAAAAAACAGUUGACAAAGAUGGAGUAAAAAUUCUAAAAAAGGUGAAAUGUUGCCGCUGCCCAAAGAACAAGAUGGCUCUUGCCAAAGAACUAAACAGAUGCUCUGCCAAGUGAAAUAGGUGAAUUAGAUUACCGGUGGUAUAAACAUUACUAACUAUAAUUUUUUUCAUGUCUUUAAAGGCAGUGGCGCUGUUGAUUUUAACGAAUUUUGCAUAUUGAUGCAGAGGAAGAUAGCACAGGAAACCCAACAGGAAGUCCUUGAGCUGUUCAAUAUUUGGGAUGAAUCCGGGGAAGGCAUUAUGGAGGCCGACGAACUGCGGUGUCUUUUGAACAGAAUCCCAGAAAGGCUAACGAGAAAAGAAAUCGACCAGCUUGUUAGUCAAGCAGACACUAAAAAGAACGGAAAAAUCAAUUUCGAAGGUUUGUAUGUUUGUGGCAGUACAAGAUUCUUGGGGGACUACCCACCCACCCCUUUCUUGAUGCUACAUUUUGCCCAAUUUGAGAAAAUAAUGUUAACGUGUAUAACUAUCUGACUAUGGAAAAAGCAUCAAGCCUAUAACUUAGUAUUUUUCUUCCAAAAAAUGGUGCCAGUUUUCCGCUGGGCAUGAAUAGCAGAAGAAUUUAGAUAAAUGAGAUCUUAUGCACGACAGCCAAGGGUUUUUACCGUCACCUUUCUUCCAAUGGCGCUAAUUACCCGAGGCGAUUCGCAACGACGAUUUUGAGCGCAACACAGCGUAGCAAUGUUGGAUCAAUGUUGCAACCAUUCGAAACAAUGUCGCAACAAUGUUGUAAUGCUGUGUUGCGCUAAAAAUCGUCGUUGCGAAUCGUCCCGUGUAACAACGACGACGACGUCAUGAUUGGCAAAACAACAACUUUGCACGUGCAUCACGCUUUUUUGUGCAUUUCGUUGCCGUCACUGCACGACUACGACGUGAAAAUGCCUAAUUUCAUGAUUUGUCGGCGAGGACGGGAAAACAAGACAACACAUUUUCCUUUCGAAUUCUUUUCCUUAACUUUGAUACAGUCCUUUAGAAUAUUCAACUCCAAAAACAUUCGCCAACAUUUGACGGAUUAAACGAGAUGGAACAAGCGUGACAAGUUUGAGGCAACGCAAAUUACAUUUUCAUGUGACGUUUUCAUAGCUGUUGCCGUCGUUGUUGCUUAAGCUCCCUAUCAUCAUCUACACUAGGAAAGGAUUUAAUAAUUACAGCCAAGGAUUUUAAAAGUUUUUUAAAAAAGCCUGGUUGCUGGUCCUGGCCCGGCCUGCCGGGGAACUCAUGGCUUCCCGCUUACCAGGCCUACACUCUGCCAACUGAACCAAGCUGGCCAAUCAGAGAUGGAAAAGUAUUUUGAAUGAAUAAAAAUUAAUCGACUGAUUGUUUUUUUUUUUUGUAGAAUUCGUGAAAAUGCUAUCCCGAACAUCAGAGCCAUGACCAUGAACUGAAGAAGAUAAUGAACUUUAAUACCACGAGUAUCAGGCCAAAUAAAGUUUGAUUUAAACUGUGGUACAAUAGAAAUCAUUUUCUUUUUGACCGUUAAAAUUAAGUCCUGAGUCGCAUUAUACAUCUAUACGCGCUGUGGUUGAUUACCAAAGCUCUCCACGAGCAUUGGACGAUUUCUUAACUCACUUAGAGCCAUUUACAGCGACAGGAGCCAGCAAAACGCGAAAAGGAGAGAAUGUAAAAAUAGAAAACGUGUCAGAAGGAUUUUUAGUUUCUGAUUCUUAUCAUUGUCUGUUUCAACCAUAGGCGGCGGAACAGGGGGGCAGGGGGGUCCGUAGCCCCCCCACCUCACCUUUUGGUGCCGGAAACACUUUUACCGAAUGUAUUUGACAAUACUAUAAAGACCGACUCCGGAGAGCACAUUUUCUGUCCUCAAACGACUCAAGUCCUACCUAAGAAGCACCAUUAAGCAGGACUGCCUGAACAACUGCCUACUGAUGCAUUGUCACAAAUCGAUUACGGACAAACUAGAUACUGUGAAGGGGCCAUAAUGACGUCUGGACUUGAAUAUUGACCGGGGGAGGGAGGGGAGGGGGGGAGGGGAGGGGAGGGGAGGGGAGGGGAGACUCUGUACGCGAGGAUAAGGGAUUCCAGAAGAUGCAGAUUGCGCACAUUUGCACGUGUCGUGACGAACGUUCCGCCAGUUUAGAGGCAACCAAUGCUGGUGCUCCAGAAAAAAUCUUGACUUUUUUUGUUUGGCUUUCCAAAAAAACGUCCACUUAGGUCAUUUAGGUCUUUAACCAAAAAUAUGGACGUAGAAUAAUAACCUGUAAAUUGUCCGCUGCUUAAGUUCGUGAAUUAAACUGAACCAGCUUUUAAAACAUUAAAUUUAGGGGCUGACCACAGACUUCUCAAAGUGGUGUGGAUUGGGUUUAGGUGAUGCAGUCGUGGUUCCUUUUUAGCUGUGUAAAUAUAAGUCUGCUAGCUCGAUAGAAGAGUUUUGCUUUCUGUUUUUUUUUUUCCGAAAUCACCUAAGCCUUCCUUUAAGUGAAUUAUAGAUUUGUGGAUCAGCUCUGCGCAAUGACUAUAUAUUACAAAGAAUAUACGGCUUUAGGGAGCUUAUAAUUUCUUUUUCGAUUUCUCAAGUAAACAAGAUCUUUCGGUUUUGAAAUCAGAUUGUAAAUACCACAACGUGUCCAAAAUAAACUCACGAUUGACGUCACCAAGACGUUUCUGGAGCCUCGACUCUGCUAUCUUGCACUGGGAACGUGUUACGAGAAUUUUCGCGCGCGCAGGUCGUUGCAAAAAGGCCAACAAAAAUAAGCCAAUUUGAGCUUUUCUCACCAGAAUGCUACUUAGGUUAGAUAUUAACACGGUUGCGGACAAUUUAUACUGUUUUUAACCGACAAACCAACCAUAAGAGAAAAACAGAAAGCGGAAACUUGUCUCCACAGUCUCCACUGUCAUGUAAAGGUCCCGGAAAUGUGGCAAUACCCUCAGCUCCUGCUCACUCGCUGUGAUCUUUUCUGUUGAUAAAUUCUUUGUUUCCAUUGUGAUGUGGACUCUCGCUAUGAUCUCAAAUCAAUUUAACAAAGCAUCCCUAUAGGGCUACUGAAUAAUUUACUUAGUCUUCUAACCGACAAAAUAGAUAAACAAGUUACUGAAGACCGUACAUUAUAGCGUGACAUCAUUGUUGAUUUAAGUAUCUUGGAUUCACCAGAUCAUUCAUGCUUGUCCCUGUCCGCAAAGCAUGCACGAGUAGCAUGAUCGUGCGAUAAAAGACUAAGACUGCAUACAAGUGGAGUCAGACAUUUGUGUUGUCAGCUGUGUUGCGCCAAUUGAUAGACUCGUUGCAAGAUAUCUAAGGGAGCAACAGACUAUAAAAAGCAUCUGGUACACUGUGUUCUAACACAAGCAGCUUGUGUCAUGGUAAGUCUGACCAAUAGUAUAAAAAAUUUGGUCUAGUCUUGAACUGAAUAACUCAACGUACUGUUAUCAUUGAGAUCUUAACUUGUAGUAAACAUUCUCAAUUUAACUCAUGCGUCGGUAAAUUCUCCCCGAGUACGAAUCAGUGUCCGACUUCGGUCUACAGGAAAAUUAUCUCAAAUCAUGUAAGACUUUGUUAGUUUGCACGGAUCCGCUGUCAGUUUCGCUUUCGCUAACCUUGAUCAAGAACUACUGUAUGGUUCUCUUUCAUUUUACUGCCCUGAUUCUGUCCUUAGAUAGAGCUCCGACGACUACCUAAUGAACAGGUACAUGUGAUCGAUAAUGUGUGCAAAACGACCGCAUAUCCCGGCUCUACCUUAACGAACUCUUUUCACGAAGACUUCAUUUUUGUCUUGUUAGGGAUAGGUAAUGAGGUUAUGUAGGCUUUUUACUUGCUAAGAUGAGGUUAAGGCUAAUACUGUUCACUGCGCAGUUACCAAAUUAGAUUGUUGUUAAUUAAGAACUACGUUCGUCAUUACUCUAACCCAAUGACCCUUUAAUUUUUUUUUUCGGUGAGGGCAUUCUAGAAGAUAUAGGCACAGACAUCGCGCGUAAAAUCACAAAUCAUUUCGGGUGAUAACACUUUUUCCCUUACUUUUUCAACCUGCUCUAACAAAGUAAAAAGCCCCACUGUCUGUUUUCUUUCACAGGAGUUGACGUUAACUGAAGGACAGAUUGCAGGUGAGAUCAGUAAUGACCCGAGUGGCACAUUCUCAGAUCCUUCCAUUGUAUCUAUCUAGUUAUGUUAUCAUUGUAAAAGAUUUAGUAAGAUCUGUAUUCGAAGUAUGUUUUCAAUGCCGAGAUCCUACAUCAUGACCUUGUAGACGAACUGAUCAUGACUGAUACAGAGCCACCAUUUAGAAGGAACUUAUUCGGCAUUACUAACUAUUACAUAGGCCUAUCUAUUACGUUGUAUAACUAGAAAUACGUUUAUCGCAACACCUCGCGAAGCUGUAUGAAUAGGUUUCAACUUUUGAGUCCUAUGGAGCGUGUGAUCAAUCAAUGAAACCUCUUUAGCAGUUGUACUUUCACAUAUUACUAUUUGCGUUCAGCAUUUUACAAAAAGAAAUUUGCUUGAAGUUUUUUUGUUUGGCUUCGUAGAGUCACUUACUGAAGCCAGUUAACUGAAGAGUUUAAAAGAGUGCCCAGUGAACUUAUCAUAUCUCAAAUUUUUUCGUUAAGAGAUACUGAAAAAAAAUAUACUACUGUGGUGCUAUGAGUGAAAAGAGCACUUAUCGUCAAUGAUUACCGCUGUAGUAUUUACUUCACAUUGCAGAGAACAAUUGAAAUAUCCCUGCAGGACCCUAAGAAAAAUGCUUCUAAAAGCCCAGAAGGCCAAUAGCGUUCUGUUGAGCGGCCACAGCGUUAUUAUUUCAUCCACGUAAACAACACAAUGACAACAGUUGCAAAGUUAACGAAAUAAACAGAAUCACGUGAAGAAGCACUCGAUUAGUUUCUUAUUGACACCAAUAAUUGAUAUUUCAUCUUUGCUCGCCAGAAAUUCAAUGUAAAAUGUGAUGAUUCUUCAAGUGUUUUCUGUUAAAUGACUAUCGAUGCGCAAGCCUUACCGUUAACUAGGAAUGAUAACUGGUCCACGUGAUUUGGGUUCAAAGUAUGGGUGUUGAACCGUUUUUCUUGUUUAUCUGCUGUUUGUGUUUUUUUUUUCCUCUUUUAAAAAUCUAUAAAUGUUGGCUAAGAAAAUUAAAGCGCUUGCCGUGUAGCAGUAAUUAACUUGAGCAACUUUUUAAAGUCACGUUGUUUCAAGUUUUUCAGUUAUGACGUGUCAGCCUUGUUCUUAUUUGACAGAUUUCAAGGAAGCCUUUGCGCUCCUUGAUAAAGACGGCGAUGGGACCAUUAACACAAAGGAGCUUGGGGUGCUAAUGAGAUCCCUGGGUGAAAACCCGACCGAGCAGGAACUGGAAGAGAUUAUCCGGGAAAUUGACAUGGACGGUAAUUAUACACAUGUUGUCGGUUUUAUACCCCCUUUUGUUGUACUGUUUAAAAAACGAGCAGGAGUGUAUUAUCAGGUUUAAAAACACAAGGCGAUGCGACUUUUUUUGAACGGCUUCAAAAUCACUGAUAUGGAUCAGCUCCUUCUUGCACUUAAUAAUAGAUUUAGAUUUGGGGUUAUUUUGGUCUAAAAAAUUGGACGUAAAGUUUAGCCGCGUCUUAAUCAGAUAUAAAGACACUCACCGAACAUUAAUUUCUUUGCUUUUUCUUUAUGAAUUAUUAAUGAUUUUUUAAGUUUCGUUUACUAGCUGUAUGUAGCACUGUACUGACUGUACUGGUUUUUGUUGUUGUUGUUUCGCGUUUUUUGGUUUUGUUGUUUUGUUUCAAUCGCAUAGUUUCUUACUACACCGCUGUACAUUGAGUGUUGAACUUUAUUUAAAAUGAGUGAGAGAGAAAGCAAGUGAGGAAGUAAAUACCACCGUGUUCUGGUGCCUUUACGGCAGCGUCUACAAUAGUUAGUAUAGUUUUGAAACCUCAGGGUUUUUUACAUGAAUCGACCCUCCAUCCACGCGAAACCAUUGAAUCCGCUCCCGGGGAGGGGGCGGGCCGGGGUUGGGGGGGUACUUGCUUAAAAGAGGUUAAUGGGGAUGUGCCGCUGGAUGGGGGUCGCAUUUUCACCACUGGAUUGACUAUAAUGGGGUUACAUUUUUAAUGGAUCUUUGGGGUAAGAACGUUCUUCACAUUUACGAUUAGCAAAUGUACCGGAAUGUUUGUAUAUUCAAUAUAAGGUAGAUACAUAAGUAGAAAAUGACUAAGUUGGGAUCGUGAAAAUUACAUUUGCCUAAAAGUGACUGAGAUGGGGUCUAUAAUUGGACACAGAAUAGACUGUAAUGGAGUAGGGGCUCUGAGAGGCCAGCGGAUCAUACCCAGCAAAAAUUAAACCUAGCACCCCUCCCCGGGAUUCGGCUCACGAAAACAGCAUGAUUUUCAAACCGCUUUCCAAAAUGCUUUAGCGCCCGAUCACACGAAUCCGGGUAACAAAACGUGCGGUUUCGAAAAUCUCCGGAUUCGUGUGGACGGGGCUUAAGAUUCAGCGUAUUUAUCGAUGGAUUUAGCGAAUAUUGCCGCUUUUGUUUAAAGGGAACGGCAUCAUCGACUUUAUGGAAUUUCUCCAUCUGAUGGACAAACGAAUGAAGGAAAUUGACACAGAGGAAGAGAUUCGAGACAUGUUUAAAGUCUUUGACGUGGACGGAAAUGGUUUCAUCAGCUCAGAGGAGUUUAAAUGGACCAUGAUGAACCUUGGUCAGCAGCUUACAGAAGAAGAAGUUGAAGAAAUUUUAAGAGCAGCGGAUUUGAACGGAGAUGGACAAAUUGAUCUUGAAGGUAAUAAACCACAAAUUAAAAUUCAGGGUCUGAUUGAAUGAAAUAGAAAUAAAUUUGCACAGUGUUUUUUAAAUGUCGGGCGUGGAAAAGAUUUUCGCUGCCACUUCACGUUCAAACUGAAAAUUUUCAUCACAAAAACAGAUUAGGAUAAUCUAACCUUUAACACAAUUCAGUGUGCAGAAUUCCACCCCCGUGAGUUAUUUUUAUAUUGUGCGGUUUUGCAGUUUAUCCCAAAUAUAACGAAGUUCUAACACCCGGUUCAGACGCUAUACUUCAAAUGAGCCGUAUCGAAUUCUAAUUGAGGCUGACUCAAGUUAAUUUUGGCCGUCUGAAUUGAUUCAAAUAGUCUGAUUAUCUUUAUUUCAGCCGAACUAAAUUCGACAGGGGAAAAAAUGCGCAUUUCGGUAAAAUGCAUGAAUUAAAGUAACGGUUCACUGCGAGCCGUUACUCAGUUAUAUCCCGGCUGAGCCAGGCGCCAGGCGUCAGGCGUGCUGAAGAACGGCUUAGAUCCCGGAUUCUAAUUUAGUUACCGUUUCGAAUUGACCCUUCCACGGUUUUUUUAACUUUCGACAUACAGUCAAACCUGUAUUAAGCGGACCUCUGUUAAGCAGUCACCUUCUAUUAAGCGGUCACUUACCAAAGUCCCGGAAAUCAUUUCUCUUAAUUACUGUAAAACUGCGACCUUUAUUAAACUGCCGCGGUCACCUUUCCCGAGGUCCCAAUGAAUUAUUUUUCAUUGUCUUCACCUCUAUCCUACUAGUGCAACAGGUCGUACUGUUUAUGGCGUCAAGAGUUCUUUAACUUUUUUUUUGGCCCAAGAAUAGACGGAAACAGGUGGAGGUCAAUUAGUCGUGGGAUAGAUAUUUCGCUCUUUGAUUACCCUCAUUUUCCUAGCCAGUUCCACCCCGGUUUUCCCAAGUCGCUUUGCUCGUUUUAAUACAUCCGCACUAUACUAUCUGAGAGCCUGGCACAGGCUAUUAUCUUCUUGAAUAACUCUCACGUUUGUCAAACCUGUAUUAAACGAUCAGCCUGUAUGAAGCGUUCAGUAAGCUAUUCCCAAAGAGUGAUCGCUUAGUACAGGGUUUCCUGUAGACCAGUUAGGGGAAAACCUUUGACACCAAUGGAAAAAGCACCUUAAAAAAUACCUAAAGUUGCCAAAUUUGAAAGUGUUACGUCCUAAGUCAGCCUAGUCCCUAGGCGUUCUCUCUUGGCCCGUUGUCCGCGCGAAGUCUGGGAGUGAGAAAAGAAGUAGCUUCGCAACGUUGCGAUUCAGUUGUAUGUUCCCCACCAUCAUGAAACGUGUGUAAAAUUUUUCGUCUUUGCGGACCUAUAUCUUCGUAAGGUUUUAGCAAAUUACUUUCAAAUUGGGCAAUUUUACUAAUUUUAAGGCGCUUUUUGCAGUGGUGGUGGCGGAUUUUCGCUAACUUGUCCAUGUCAAAAGUCGAAAAAAAACAUAAUUCUGGUGUUUUGUACAUUCUAUCCAUUUUUUAGGCAAUAAACAUGAAUAAAUAAUUCGGACAUUUUGUUUUCGCAUAGCGAGCGACGUCUUCCGCUCUUCUCUUAACCUGAACUGCCACCCCUCUGUCUUCACACGACGUCGAUAAUCCAAAAAUUUUUAGCGGGAGGAGGGGGAUCCUAGCCUGAGUACAGACGCCCCCUCCCCGGCUGUACACAGGCUAGGGGACCUAGGAUCAGCCAAUGAGAAAGGGAGAGGUGUUUUGAUUGAAUAGUUAUCAUAAUUAAGGGUCUCUCUUCAUCGGGGUCCCCCCAUUGGACGGAUUAUUCAGUUGAAGGAGAGUUUUAGAUCCCGCACAAAGUUUCAGGACUUAUAGUUUUGCAGUGCCAUAGCUGAUAAAAUUGUCUUUAGUCGAGCUCAUUUGCUAUUCACUGGUAUUGUAUCGUUUCAAUCUUUUUUCAGAAUUCGUAAAGAUGAUGUCAUCCUAG